AAUUGUAACAGUAUCAUACAAUUCAAAAAUAACUGAUCACCACAUCUAAAAUGGCAUUCAAGUUUGUUUUAUUCGCUGCUCUUGUAGCCGCUGUACGAGCUGGAGGACUUAUUGCACCAGCUGCUCCAUUGGCUUAUGCAGCUGCACCAGUAGCCGCUGUUACCAAAACCGUUGUCGACGCUGAAUACGAUCCAAACCCACAAUACUCAUACUCAUACGGUAUCUCAGACGCUUUAACUGGUGACCACAAAAGCCAAACUGAAAGCCGAAGUGGUGAUGUUGUACAAGGACAAUACUCUUUAGUCGAACCAGACGGUUCCCAACGUACCGUAGACUACACAGCUGACCCAAUCAAUGGAUUCAACGCAGUUGUAAGCAAAUCUUCUCCAGCUGUAGCUGUCAAAGCCGCCGUGGCUGCUCCAGUUGCUGCUUAUGCUGCUGCCCCAGCCAUCGCUAAAGUACAUGCUCCAGCUCUUGCAUACAGUGCUGCUCCAGCUCUCUCAUACGCCGCUGCCCCAGCCAUCGCUAAAGUACAUGCUCCAGCUCUUGCUUACAGUGCUGCUCCAGCUCUCUCAUACGCCGCAGCCCCAGCUUAUGCUAGAUUAGCUGCUCCAGCAUACGCUGCUGCUCCAGCUCUCUCAUACGCCGCUGCUGCAGCUGCUCCAUUGGCUUACGCAGCUGCACCAGUAGCCGCUGUUACCAAAACCGUUGUUGACGCUGAAUACGAUCCAAACCCACAAUACUCAUACUCAUACGGUAUCUCAGACGCUUUUACUGGUGACCACAAAAGCCAAACUGAAAGCCGAAGUGGUGAUGUUGUACAAGGACAAUACUCUUUAGUCGAACCAGACGGUUCCCAACGUACCGUAGACUACACAGCUGACCCAAUCAACGGAUUCAACGCAGUUGUAAGCAAAUCUUCUCCAGCUGUAGCCGUCAAAGCCGCAGUAGCUGCUCCAGUUGCUGCUUAUGCUGCUGCACCAGCCAUCGCUAAAGUACAUGCUCCAGCUCUUGCAUACAGUGCUGCCCCAGCUCUCUCAUACGCCGCUGCCCCAGCCAUCGCUAAAGUACAUGCUCCAGCUCUUGCUUACAGUGCUGCUCCAGCUCUCUCAUACGCCGCCGCCCCAGCUUAUGCUAGAUUAGCUGCUCCAGCAUACGCUGCUGCUCCAGCUCUCUCAUACGCCGCUGCUGCUCCAGCCCUCCGAUACGCCGCUGCUCCAGCUCUCUCAUACGCCGCUGCUCCAGCUCUUUCUUAUGCUGCUGCCCCAGCUUACUAUCAUCACUAAGUUAUUAAAUAUUUAUUAUUCUUGUAUAUAAAAAU